GGAAUAUCCAAGCUUUAUAGUGCAGGCUCCAAUAGUCUGCUGGGAUGUUAAGGUGAGCAUUAAUACUUUUUUUCCUAUUAAAAAGUAUUUUGUGAACACCCCGAGAAAAUUGUAUUGUAAUUUUAAAAUUAAUUUAUGCUCACAAACAGUACUCCUCCUUUCCCCUCAAAGAACAAAUGCAGUAAAGGUAAUACUUCAAGUAAAGUUCCCAUACCUUCCCCUCAGUGUUCCUCAAUCUCAUCACGAGGAGCAACUUCCAGGGUUGAGAAGAAAAUUUUGUUUCCGGAGACAACACAAAGAUGCCAGUUUUAAUGGUGAUUUUUCGAUAUGGGCACUGUUACACGAGGAAGCAAAGAGACACUCCCAUUUUCUUAGCUUUAACUUUUCAGUCUUAUUCACAUCACCCAUUUUUGUGGCUGGUAGAAAUCCCAGAACCUAUCCUCCUAAUGUCUGCCCAUCCUAAUUUUACAUGUCUAUUGUUAAAAGAAGAUGCCAACUCUAAUUCUGUAAACUCAACAUUUAAUUCUGAAUAGAUUUGCUUAAAUGUGGAAUGUUGUACAGAGAGGGAGAAAGUUGAUGGACAGGAUUUUUCUCCCUUUUUCUCUUUAUACAUAAAAUCUUGGAAGAGGGGGAAAACGCAACCACCUCCUCUCCCCCCCCCCCCCAAGCUUCUGCACUUUCGCUGACUGUCGCGAGUGGGUUAGCAGCUGGUGGAAGAGCACAGUGGCUUAGACACAUGUACGAAGAGUACAGCAGUAAGUCUGAGGCCAGCCCAUAAAGCAGGCGUGCAAAUUCAAGGAAGAGGAGUUUUCUCUAAUUUGCAAUACGCUCUAGUUUUCCAGUCUGCUGCCCAUCCCAGGCGGUACCUUCUGAUGAUUUUCAGCAGGGUGGUAUUUAAAAACAGGCCAGUCCAAUAGGGGCCAGGGAAGGGCAGCCGGGCAGAUGUUACAUGCUGCUUUACGAGUAGCUCAGGUUUUCAGCCAAAUCGAUAGUACAGUAAAUGGCCAGAAGAAAAUCGAUAGGCCCGGGGAGCACUGUAAGACCCCCGGGGGAAAGCAGGGGGCGACAAGGCUGUUUGCCCCAAGCUGAGGAAGGAGAGCGGGCGGGCUCGGAGGGUGCCAGCGGGCGGGUACCCAGAGGCUCGGGCUCUCCGCGCCUGUGCCCGGUGGGAGGGACGUUGCUGCAGGGCUGCGCCCCAGCCCGGUUUAGCAGCGCUGCGGGGGCCCAGGCAGGCGCGCGAGGAGGUUUCGCCCUUGCCGCGGGGUCGGGCGCUGGCCCGCGCUAGGGCGGCUGCGGGGGGGCGGAGGGGGGCCACCCGCUCUCCCGCUCGGCGGCGGCUGAAGGGGGCGGGACCCGGCUCUCACGCGGCGGGCGUCCCGCCUCAAAGGGGCGGAGCUCCGGGCACCCCGCCCCCUUCGCGCCGGCCCCGCCCGCCCUGGCCGGGUCACGACCGGGCGCUCGGGAGGGGACGGGCGGCUGCGCUGGGACCGCUCCGCGGCACCGCCGCAAUUCCUGUCAGAAGCUCCAGACUGCCAUUAUUCUCUGAUGCCAUGCCAGCACCAACUCAACUGUUUCCACUGAUUCGUAACUGUGAGAUUGGCAGGAUAUACAAUACAGUGUGCUACUGCCAUCACAAACAUCUUUGUUGUCUGUCAUCUCAUUUGGCUCACAAUCAUUUGAGAUGUGCACCUCAGAAGAAACUUGCAACACUCUAUCCAAAAGAGAAUUUUAAUCAGUUUAUCCAUGCAAGGAGCUAUGUUUCCACACCACAGAGAUUUUACCUCACUCCUCCACAGGUCAACAGCAUUUUGAAGGCAAAUGAAUACAGCUUUAAAGUCCCAGAAUUUGAUGGCAAAAACGUAAGUUCUAUUCUUGGCUUUGAUAGCAACCAGUUGCCCGCUAAUGCUCCAAUAGAAGACAGGAGGAGUGCGGCGACAUGCUUACAAACAAGAGGAAUGCUUCUAGGUGUAUUUGAUGGCCAUGCAGGCUGUGCUUGUGCUCAGGCUGUCAGCGAAAGACUCUUCUACUACAUUGCUGUCUCUUUGUUACCUCACGAGACUCUACUUGAAAUAGAAAAUGCAGUGGAGAGUGGCCGUGCCCUGUUGCCCAUCUUACAGUGGCACAAGCAUCCAAAUGAUUAUUUUAGUAAGGAAGCUUCCAAACUGUAUUUCAACAGUUUAAGAACUUACUGGCAGGAGCUCAUAGACCUCAACACUGGAGAGACUACUGAUGUAAAAGAGGCUUUAAUUAAUGCUUUCAAGAGGCUUGAUAAUGAUAUUUCGUUAGAAGCUCAAGUGGGAGAUCCAAACUCUUUUCUCAAUUACUUGGUACUGCGAGUGGCGUUUUCAGGAGCAACUGCCUGCGUAGCUCAUGUAGAUGGUGUUGAUUUGCAUGUUGCUAAUACAGGUGACAGCAGGGCAAUGCUUGGUGUUCUAGAAGAAGAUGGAACUUGGUCUGCAGUAGCUCUGUCCUAUGAUCAUAAUGCCCAGAAUGAAAGUGAAAUAGAACGAGUAAAACUGGAGCACCCAAAGUCUGAAGAGAAAAGUGUUGUAAAACAAGAUAGGCUGUUAGGCUUAUUGAUGCCUUUCAGAGCUUUUGGUGAUGUGAAAUUCAAAUGGAGCAUUGAACUUCAGAAGAGAGUGAUAGAAUCGGGCCCAGAUCAGUUGAAUGACAAUGAGUAUACUAAGUUUAUCCCUCCUAACUAUCACACUCCUCCAUAUCUCACAGCUGAGCCACAGGUCAUACAUCACAAAUUAAGGCCGCAGGAUAAAUUCCUGGUUUUGGCUACAGAUGGCCUGUGGGAGACCAUGCAUAGGCAGGACGUGGUUAGAAUUGUAGGAGAGUAUCUUACUGGAGUUCAUCACCAGCAGCCAAUAGCCGUUGGUGGUUAUAAGGUAACUCUGGGACAGAUGCAUGGUCUCCUAACAGAAAGGAGAGCCAGAAUCUCCUCUGUAUUUGAAGAUCAGAAUGCAGCAACUCAUCUGAUACGUCAUGCAGUGGGAAAUAAUGAGUUUGGCACUGUUGAUCAUGAGCGGCUGUCCAAGAUGCUUAGUCUUCCAGAAGAGUUGGCUAGGAUGUACAGAGAUGACAUUACAAUUAUUGUGGUGCAGUUCAACUCUCAUGUUGUAGGUGCAUGUCAAAAUGAGGAAUUCUGAAUUUUAAAUGGAUGUACAAUUUACCAAAGUUGUCAUAAUGAGUAGUCUGAUAAGAUGAAAAUAUACUUGGUGAGCAAACCAGAGUGUCUGCUCAUUUGAAUUAAAAUGUGUGCAGGUACAUUUCUCCCUCCAUGGCCCAAAGUUUUAUUAACUGUGGAAAGUGCUAUUGAACUAACAGUCUUCCAAGAAGAUGGCACAACUUGGAAAGAGGGACUUGAAACAAGUUUGCACUAUUGAAUCAAUGAAUGCUGCUAGAACAAUAUUUUGGUUUUGGUAGUGGUAGGUGAGAGUGAGGGGAUAGCUAAUUCUCUAUUAAUCAUCACACUGUUUUGACUAGUCAUGAAACAAAGCCUGUUUGUAAACAUAUGUAAAUAUCUAUCUUACUAGAUAAAGAUAGGAAUCUUGCUGAAUAUCAGAAUUGAUAGGAAUGAAUUUUUGUCUGCAAAGUAGAUAUGGUUAUUAUGCAUGUAUGUGUGGUGUUUUGACCUUUAUAUUUUUUUUUCUCCCAAGGGAAAGAAAGAUGCUGUAAGUAGUAGGAAACUGACUUGAUAAACUCUAUCCUUGAGUUUUCCCAAUUUUGCUUACACAAUGUCAUUCUUCACUUAACGUUCUAGGCAACUAUACAUGUAUUUUUAACUUUCAAAUGCAACUCUUUAAGCCAUAAUCAACCAGAACUUAAGGUAACUGGGCUAAGCAUAUUGGGAUCUCAUAGUAAAAGAGUAAGUUAUACAAAUGCAGUUUUAAAUUCCCUCAUGCUGACAGUCUUCUGCUUUUGGUGGGGGGGGAUUUUUUGCACAACUUUAAGGGCAAUAAUAUCUUUCUGCCAUCACUGAAAAAUCAACUGCAUAAGAAAAUUCCAUUAUGGAAGACUUCAGCUUGCAGUAUGAAACCAUAACUCUGCCUUUUGCAAAAUGUGGAAGUAUUUUCAGUCAGAACUGUGAUGCCUGUUCAAAAGGUCACAACCUUGGCAGGCAAUACUACUGUCUGGUACCAAAAAUCGCCUCUAAUCACAUGAUGAAUUCUAAUAUGAACUUCUGAAGAGACUAGAAAAUCACUGUUAGCUAUUUGGUGGCUUAGUAAAUUAGCACUCAUGUUAACUACUUCUGUUGUGGUAGUUUCAUUUGGGUCACAUGUACUGAAUUACUUAAAUAUCAACUUCAGGGGAAAUUCACUCAUGUUUUACAUAGGCUGGUAAAUUGAAAACAUCAUAAAGAUUUAAAUAGUUUUCUCUAUUAGAACACCUAACUGGCCUGCACGUUGUAUGCAUAACAGUAGUUGCUUUCUUGGCAUUACAGCGUCAAUUACUGUAAAUCCUUUGAAAGAACUGAAUCAGUGAAUGCAUGUUCUCUUGCAUUCACAACUUCGUGAUAGAAGAAGGUCUCUUAAAUGGUUCUGUUAUGACUGAAUUGCAAAGUUAAAAGGAGAUUACAUAGUUAUUUCAGACUAAAUUUUAUGCAACUGUAACUCCUGAACACGAGACUAAAAUAGGCAUAGAGGCCAUCAUAUCAAGUUUUCAGUCCCUCUUUUUUUUUUUUAACUUUUUAUAUCUAAAUAAGCAUAACCUGAAACUGAGGGCUUUCUCAACUCAAAUAGUAUCAGUGGCCCUUUAUACGCUUAAAUUCUUGAAUUCAAAAACUUAUAAUUCUCGCUUUUAUUGUAGAAACUUUCUUGAUUACAUGUAUUCUCCUAGUAAUUAGUUGUGAUCUUGUUUAUAGAGGCCCUGGAGCAGUUAUAGGUCACCAUGUUCAAUAUCUUCUAUGUUGCAUUAUAAUUAUAAACAAAAAAGUCAGGAAAGUGUUUAACUCCUUUUUGGAGUUCUCCAUUAUAAUUAACUUGGGUAAUCUUCUGAUCAAAUUAAUAUUAUAUGUGUUGUAAAAACAUAAAGUUUCUUGUCUUGGUCGGUCAUUAAGCUACUUGAGUUUUCCAGUAAACACUAAUACUGCCAAGAAAGCCUGUCGCAAACACUGAACUUGUUUAUAGUACACACUUUUUUCAUCUUACAAAUGCUGUGCAGCCUUAACUGCCUACAGCCUUAACAAAAUAUGUUGGUCUUCCCUCCCUGGGUAGAAGAAACUUGAUCUUUACAGCAGAGCUUGCUUCGUUUCCUCCCUUCUCCUGCUCCUCCUUCUGUCCCCCGUCCCCGCUCCCCACAGCAAAUUGAGGAUGUUGUCUGGAUGUUCAUAUUUUUGGAAUGUGAAUGACAAACUGGCCCUUUGGGGAGGAGGGAACAAACUAUAAUACUGUCCUAAACAAGUGUUGGUUAUUAGUCGUCAUUGGCUUUGUAUGUUGCAUAUUAAGGACUAAAUGUCAUUAGCUAGGUCAGUGUGUUCUUUUGUCCUCUGUUAUGCUGUCUUUCAUUCACUUACAGAAUGUAUUUAAGCUGUUACAUUAUUUAGACUUUGUUACACUUUUCUAUUGUUUAAAUAUUUCAAUGUAUGUGUUAUGUUUGUGUGGCUCUUGCUAUGGGUUUGGUACAAGUCAUAACUGGUUAAACCUAACACUGAUCCUCUAUGUACAGCAUUCACUUAUAAAAAGCUUGUUUUCUUUCAUAUAAAAGAUGCACAUAUAAAGGAUCAAAUGAACCAGUAUUUAUGUAUGGGCUGGAGAUUUACUCAAAAUGUAUGCAGUGAAUUGAAGCAGUAUAGCUACUUAUUAAAUGCCAUAUGACAUAAUCUACAACAGUCUUCUAAUAGACUUCAAUAAAAAGAUCAGUUAUACAGACA